AUGGCAUACGAAAAGGAUCCAAUCAUUGUCAAUCUUACUUUUUCUGUUGCCAUGUUUGGAAUCAUUGGCAACUCUCUUGUUAUUAUCUCGAUAAUACGACGACGGAGUUUGUUGACGAGCAACUACCGCUUUCUAGUUCUACAUCUUGCCAUUUGUGACCUCAUGUGCCUGGUUCCACAAUCUGCGUUCACCAUGACCGCAUUUUAUAACAGAGACGUUGCGUAUAAUAAGGCAUUUUGUCUUGUUAUUGAAACAAGAAACUGGUUUGCUGAAGCUGGUGUUUUUAUGAUGUUGGUUAUUGCAGUUCUUCGUUAUCGUGCCACUACAUAUCCUCUGAAACCUCCUAUGAGCAAACGAAGAUUAAAAACUGUUUGUGUGAUUGCUUACAUAGCAUCAUUUAUACCAGGUUACGCUGUUGUGUUGCCACGCUGUUUGGACAACCGUUACCGUAUAUUGACGUACAAUGUACAAGGUUAUAUACUUGUCUUCAGUAUGUGUUUAAGUGGAGUUUUAUUGGCCGUAACUUACUAUAAAAUCGCUCGAGUACUUUAUAACCAAAGUGAAAUUUUUAAAAUGCCACAAGAUCAGAAUGCAGUCACCUCUUCCUUCGGUAAACAAAGAUAUCGCCGGAAUCGCAAAGCAUUUUUUGUUUGUAUCAUGACAGUCGUCUUCUACUUUACUGGAAAUAUCUCUGUCGCCGUCGGAAUAUAUGUUCAAGCAGCGAGAAACCAUUCAAUCCCAUUGCUUAACGAAAUUAUUCUAAUGCUUAAAAUGUUAACAACACAAGCAGUUAAUCCCCUUAUCUAUGGAUUGCUGGACAAAAAACUUCUGAUUUUUUGGAAAAAUUGUCAAAGAAAGAAAGCAAAUGUUGUGCUGAAAGCUCCAGUCGAAUAGAACGGGUGAUAUUUUUAGGGCUACCAGUCUUACUUACAGUAAAUUUAUUGAAAGUGAAGACUUAAGUAAAUAGGUAAACCUGAUCACAAACCAUCUGAAGUCUGAAAAUUAAAGAUUCUACAUAGAC